UCAGGAGACUACAAUUUCUCUGUUAGCCUUUAUCUAGUGCAGUUCAGGAGCCUAGCUACAAAGCCUGUGGCUGGAGGAUCCACAGGGCCACACAGGCCUUGCUCAGCUUCCCUCUUGUCCACGGAGGUCUCUGCUUCCUCGGCAAUUCAUCCCACACUGGCUAUGGUGGCUGCCUGGAUCCUGCCCUGCCCUGGUCUCUUCUCCUCAGAGCAUCCCUAGUCCUUCCCUUCCUGCCCAAUCCCACCUUGAGAAGAGGACCUAUGGCCUGGGAAGCCACAUGCCUGCUAUCCCCCAUCCUGCUGAUGCUCCUGACCUCAGGCUCCUGGUCACAGGACACAGAGUUACAUCAAACAGUGGAGGGCAAGACCACUUUUGUGAGUUGCCGGUAUCAUCCCAGUAAACUAUUCAAUGUGAAGGUGUGGUGUCAGGAAACACCAGAAAAAAAUUGUAAACUGUUAGUGUCCAGUCUCGACACAGAUGCUCAGCAGUCAAAAUUCUCCCUCCGGGACUAUCCUGAUUCUCACUUCUUCACUGUCACCAUGACUGCACUCACGGUGAGAGACUCGGGUCCUUAUUUCUGUGGGAUCGCUGAAAAUCGCAGAACAAUCAUUAUUCUCAGAAGCAUCCGACUGGUUGUGUCAAAAGCUCCAACCCCACGCACUGCCUCCUGGAGGACAACAACCUUGGCCUUGGCCACCAGCCCUGACACUGGCAGCCCUCCAGAUAACUGGAUGUGGAAGGUCAUCCUUGCCGGUGUGGCAGUGGCCAUGCUGCUACUGCUCGGACUUGUGGUCCUUGUCAUCCUGAACUUCCAGAAUGCUCGACGAAGAGCCCAGAAAGUUGAGAACGAAUGUCACCAUAUUUAUGAAGACUUUCCAGGCCAGCAGGUGGAAACCACUGCCUUCAGUCAGCAGACCCUCUCCAAUGAGGACACUGAGACCAUGUGCUAUGCUUCCCUCGUCCACCUCAACCACGUGAGCCCUCAGGACUCCAUCUCCAGCAACACCCAGCCCUACCCAAAGCCCUCGCCUGACCCCCUUCUGUCUGUGGAAUAUGCUAGCAUCUCUAGAAACAGACUCCAGACUUCUAAGGCUCCCUAAGAGGUGGAGGCCAGGAACUGAGGGCUGAGUGCACAGGGCAGAGAAUAUAGGUGUGAAGCCAUGUCCCAGCAGAGGAGGAACUUCCUACAGCACAGAUGGUCUCAGAAUUUUGGGGCCACACUUUCUUCAAGGAAGAUGACCAAAAGUACAGUGAAGAGGGCCUGUGGACCCCUGGUCUCUCCCCUCUGGAGGCCAGUGCCACUAAGAUAGUCUACAUGGAUAGAGACCUGGGCCAGUGCCUCUCGAUGACUCUUGCCUCCCUUCCUGUGGUGACCACCACUUCCUUCCUCACUGGCUCUUGAAACCCAAGCAGAUUGUGUAAGUUCCCCCAGGAACUGGAAGUCAGCUGGCGAUUUCUGCCCAACACCCAGCUCCUCCCCACACCAGGCUGUUUCUAAGACCAUCCUGCUCUGGGACCUCCAGUGACCCUGCCAGGAAGAAUACUAACAUGUGGGCAGUGCCCAUCAUUGAUCUGUCUUCUGAGGCAUUUCCAACCACAGCAGAACCAGGGAGUUUCCUUACCAUAGCCAGCCGCACGUCUCUGUCAGAGCACAUCUGGGCUCCUCUGCCUUCUAGAGGAGCACCAUUCUCUUUGCUAACUGUGUCUAACUACACCAUCUUCGCCACAUCCACUUUCCAGGACCCUAGCACAGAAGAUAUGCCUCUGUCCUCAGCCCCGGGCUCCAUGCAGACAGACUGCUCACCAGCACUCAGACUGAGGGAGGCAGGUUCAGGGAAGGAAUGGGAUGCUGUGAGUGUGGCCCUGCUCUUGGGGACCCUGCCUCACCUUGCUGCUCAUGUCUUCUUCCUGCAACACAGAUUUGACCGGGAGAGACCGGGUGGUUAUUAUCCCCAACGGGAGUCCAACUCUGUCUUGCUCUUGGGGUAUUGGUCUUUACUAAUGAUCUCACUUGACCUCUGAUCCUUCAUGAUUCUUUUU